AGAUAUGGAACAGAAACAGGCUCAUGCAUUCUCUGUUUAUCUUACUCAGCCCUUACUUGCCACUUCUCUGGCAUUACUUUCUUACAAUUGGUAUCCAUCAUCUGUAUUUGUUGGAGAUACAUACACAUACUUUGCGGGAAUGACCAUGGCUGUAGUCGGGAUCUUAGCGCAUUUCAGUGAAACUCUCCUGAUAUUUUUUCUGCCCCAAGUGAUAAACUUUCUCUUAUCACUUCCACAGCUCUCAGGCUAUGUCAAAUGUCCCAGGCAUCGUCUGCCAAGGUUCGAUCCUGAGACUGGACUGCUGACGGGAACAAAUGAUGGAACACUUGUUAAUUUCUACUUGAGAAUAUUUGGCAGGAAGUCCGAGAUGUCACUCUGCAUCCAUCUUCUCGUUGUUCAGGCUCUUGGAUGCUGUUUUUGCUUCAUGCUGAGGUAUUUCCUGGCUGGCUGGUACAAAUGAGGCGCACCAACAACUGAGCAUAUCUUUCGAACUAUCCUUCGGCUUUAUUAACAAUAUAGAUACGGGAUCAUUUUU